UGGUAGGGGCGGGGAGAACAAUGCGACAGGGAAGGAGGAAAGGGCAGUUAAGGGAGGCGAGGGCGUGGCGAGCUGAGCUGCCGUUAAUGAGGGAAGCCGGGGCUAGUGCAGGCGUAGAGGGGAAGAAGAGAGAAAGCAAAUAGGUUCGGGAAUGUGUAUUAGAGGGGCAUGGGCGGGCGCUAGGACCGAGCGUCGGGGAGGUGCGGCUUUGGGGCUGCCGGGGCGCGAGCUUGCAUGGAGGUGACGCGGCGGCGGCGGCGGCGGCGGAGAUCGCUGGCCCGGACUAAGCACUGCAGGGAGAGGACACUCGGCUGCCUUGGGCCUCGGCUUGUCUAUCUCCGCGCACUUCACUGCGCCCCUUCCUUCGUACUACUUGAGGGUCAUGCUCUGGUCCGGGGGCGCCCAGCCUUUUCUCGGGCCCCACGGCACUUUCCUCGCCCAGCCACGCACCCUUGUGCACCCCUGCGCGCCGGGGCCAGGUGGUGGAGGCCGUGGAGGGCCUGGCCGUUGAUUGGCUGUUGCGACCGCGGGGCGGGGCAGGUGGGCGACGCCUGACCUCUGCGGACCUAACUGUCUUUCCCGCCAUGUCGUUCGUGGAGAGUGGGAGGCGCCCAGCCCCUUCUCGCCGCCGUCUAGGCACUGCUGUCCCGUUUGAUCAACCGGCGUUUUCCGCUUUCACUCAGAGAGACAGCUGGGGUGAGGGUGAAGUCGACGAGGAGGAGGGAUGCAACCGAGUGGCCCGUGACCUGCGGGCGGAGUUCUCGGCCGGGGCGUCAUCGGAACCUAGAAAGGACUCGCUACUCCGGCCAGAUGGGGACGGGUCUCCCGCCCUGCCCGAUAAACGCAAUGGUAUUUUCUCGGCGGAUGCGGGCGGCAGAGCCCAAGCCCGGCGCUGGCCGGUUCAGGUCCUCUCAGUUCUCUGUUCGCUGCUGUUUGCCAUCCUCCUCGCCUUCCUUCUCGCUAUCACCUACCUGAUCGUAAAAGAGUUACAUGCUGAAAAUUUGAAGAAUGAAGAUGAUGUACACACUGGACUGUUAGGAUUCUGGACUCUACUUAUAAUAUCCCUAACUGCCGGAUUCUCCUGCUGCAGCUUUUCUUGGACAGUGACUUAUUUUGAUUCUUUUGAACCAGGAAUGUUUCCUCCUACUCCUCUUUCACCUGCCAGGUUCAAGACUUCCCAAGAGGAAUGAGUGCAGAUGCUUACCACCCACCACAGGAAACUGACUGGACAUUCUUUCCACAUGGGCUAUAGUAUGGCAAUUUUGAAUGGCAUUGUAGCUGCUCUUACUGUAGCUUGGUGCCUCAUGUAAACCCACACUGAAGCAAUAUUCUUGACAAAACUUAGUCACGAUUGCUUUGUAAUAACAGGGAAGAACAUCAUUGCCUACUCAGAAGACCAAGAAACCUGCUGCUCGUUAUGUGCUUCAAAUACGUGUCAUAUCAUCAUCAUUAUGGAGGACUUUUUAAGCAUCGUUCUAGAGCCUAGGCAUUGGGAAUAUCUAAGUAUUAAGUUUCAAGUAAUGCUUAAAAGUGUAAGACGUUUACCUCAUCUUUUUACUUUUGUGUGCAUUGUCCUUAUAAAUUGUACAACACAUUUUAAUGGAACUCAAACCCGAAAACUUGGAUGCAGAACAUCCUGUAUCAAUGCCUGCCUUUUCAUGUAUAUGUAUAUACUACAUUUUUGCUAAGAAAUACUGAUAGUACUGUUUGAGAUAGAAAUAUUUCUUAUUUAUUCAUUAUAUUAGGAAAGCAAACAAUGCCUACUACUUUGACAUUUUACAGAAGCUACUUUUAAAUCAGAAUAUUUAGUUUUCGAUAUAUAGAAGGUGCAUUUAUAUUUUUUAAUGGGCUAUGGUUCUUUAUGUGGUUUUUUACAUAUUUUCCUACUAUAUCUUGAAUUUGUAUGUUUUUAAAUUGUUACAUCUAGGCAAAUGUAAAUGUUAUUUUUUAGUUCGUGCAAACCUUAAUACCUACCGUUUUUAAUAAGUAUUUUGUCUUUUAAGAAAAGCACACUGGCCUGAGUUUAAAACUAAGUAAACUUAUUUUAAAAAAAACAACAAAAAAGUUUAAUUAUUUAAGCCAUGAAAAUAUUCAGGAAAUUUAAAGCUAUUCACUAUUUCCAUUUUCACAAUUCCAAAUAUUUAUCAUGGUGUAUAUAUGAUUACUUCAACAAAACUGAUAUUAUCUUGUUUUUAAUAAAUAUAAACCUGAAGUUUUUAUGUUUAGAAAUGCUUGAACUAGUUUGUUUUUAAUCUCCAAAAUUUGGUUACCAAAAUAGAAAAGGUAUUUUGAUACAGUGUGUACAUGUAUAAUUUUUUAAUGUAUAGUUUCCUUAUUUUCCUAUUUAAAUGUUCUUUUGUAAUUGUGCUGUUUUGUUUUUUCGUAGUAAUUAAGCCUUAAUUGUUCCCACUUCCUUUCUAAAUACCUGUUUAGAAUAGUCACUUCAAUUUUAGAAAGAUGGACUAUUUUAAAUACUGUUUUCCCUGGCCACAGAAAAACCUACAUUAGGAUAGCAUUGUGUAGCAAAACUGCUUAUUCAGGCCAAAUGGGAAAUGAGUAUCUGCAGUGUGUUCCUGUUAUCUGCUGAUUGUUGUUACUGAGUAAAUGAUUUAAUAAUGUUUCUAAAA